CUUCUAUGCCUUUCCUCUGUUUCGUUGCAGGUUAUGGACACACAGUGCCUUUAUCUGACGGAGGGAAGGCCUUCUGCAUCAUCUACUCGGUCAUCGGGAUCCCUUUCACGCUGCUCUUCCUGACGGCCGUGGUGCAGCGCAUCAUCGUGUACGUCACCAGGCGGCCUGUGCUGUAUUUCCAUGUUCGCUGGGGCUUCUCCAAGCAGCUCGUUGCUAUUAUCCACGCCGUGGUCCUUGGGUUCAUCACUGUCUCCUGCUUUUUCUUCAUCCCAGCAGCAAUAUUUUCUGUUCUGGAAGAUGACUGGAAUUUUUUGGAAUCUUUUUAUUUUUGUUUUAUUUCCCUGAGCACCAUUGGCCUUGGAGACUAUGUGCCAGGAGAAGGCUACAAUCAGAAGUUCCGAGAGCUGUAUAAAAUUGGAAUUACAUGUUAUCUGUUGCUGGGGCUUAUCGCAAUGUUGGUGGUUCUCGAGACUUUCUGUGAACUCCAUGAGCUCAAAAAGUUUAGGAAAUUGUUUUAUGUGAAGAAGGACAAGGAAGAGGACCAAGUGCACAUAAUGGAACAUGACCAGCUCUCCUUCUCUUCCAUCUCAGACCAGGCGACCUCCAUGAAGGAGGAUCAGAAGGCAAACGAGCCUUUUGUGACUUCUCAGUCCCCAACCUCCAAUGACAGCUCAAUAAACAAUUAAUACAGGGGCAUCUAAUCUAUUGUUUUGGUGCAUAUAUGCUACUUACCAUAAGAAAUAGAAUGCCUCUUUUACACAAGUAUAAAAGCUGGAAGACUGUGCUAUUUUAACAAGGAUUCAUCACUUCCAACAUAGGAAGGACUCUUAGGAGAACUGUGGGAGCCACCCUGGGAGAAUAGGGAGAAACAGUGUAGGAUGUGGCUGGGAACUUAGGCCGUUUUGCAUGAGGAGUUAAUUGUACUGCUUUCAAAAGUGCCAGAGAGAAGGGCUUGCACCAGCGACCUUGUACAACGUAUUUAGGUAGCUGGGCUUCACUGACAUCUAAUUUAUUUGGUUGUGUGCCCUGUCUUGG